GGAUUUGUGACGAGUUUCGCGGCGGGCACCGACUGGGGCACACGUCGACCAGCGCCCAUCGUCCGACAAUAUUAUUUACCUACGGCCUGUGGGCAUCGAAUGCGGAACGUGCCGCUGUCGAGCGGCAAUUGAUGCAAUCAUCUUGUUGAGCGUAAACAAACGACACAAUGACGUCACGCGGGUUGCACGUCUUGUUAUGCCUGUCCGUACUCGUGACGGUUGCAUUUCCUCACGCGCUGCCAUCCGAAGAAACUUUAGUAGUGACGACAGGAUCCGGCGAUGACACAUCGUCCGAUGUGGCGAGCGCGGUGACAGAGGUUACGACGGAAGAGCCCAACGGACCGAUCACGCUCACCGAGAUGGCGGUGCGGUCGGAGAUCAGCCUGCGCUACGCUAGCACCGCGGUGGUCGCUCACGUGCACAAUCCCGCCCGCCGCGCGCAAGAGUACACCUUCAGGGUGCUGCUGCCGGAGACUGCUUUCAUCAGCGGAUUCGUCAUGACUUUAGACGGGAAACCUUACAAAGCUUACGUUAAGGAGAAGCAAGAAGCCAAGAACAUCUACACCCAGGCGGUAGCGCAGGGUAUCGGUGCCGCACAUGUUGCUGCCAAAGCUCGUGACUCCAACGUGUUCACGGUAUCAGUGAACGUGGAGCCAAAGUCCCGGGCAGUGUUCAACCUGACGUACGAGGAGCUAUUGUCGCGGCGCAACGGUGUCUACAACCACGCGGUGAACCUGCACCCCGGCGCGCUGGUGCCGCGCCUCACCGUCACAGUGCAUAUCCGCGAGACGCAGGGCAUCGCCGUGUUACGCGUACCAGAGAUACGCACCGGCAACGAAGUCGACGCUACCAAUGAAGACGCACAGAACAAAAACGCCGUUAUUAAGCGGACCAAUAAAAAUCGUGAGGCAACCAUCACGUUUACACCCGACCUCGACGAACAGAAAGUAUUGAUACAAAUUUAUAAGGACAAAAGUAGUCGUCGCAAUGUGGACCGGUACGGAUUCCAUAGCAACGAGGAGAUGCCGCAGGAGGGCACGCUGGGACAGUUCGUCGUGCAGUACGACGUCGACCGCUCCAAGACCAACGAAAUAUUGGUGAACAACGGUUACUUCGUGCACUUCUUCGCGCCGAGCGAGCUGCCGCCGCUGAGCAAGCACGUUGUGUUCGUGCUCGACAUCUCCGGCUCCAUGAGCGGCCGCAAGAUCGAGCAGCUCAUCGAGGCCAUGCAGACCAUCCUCGGCGAACUCAACAAGGGUGACGUCAUCAAUAUCGUCCAGUUUGAGUCCUCCGUUCAGAUUCUAGAUAUAGCGUCGGCGUACGAGCGUCCGGCGACGCCCCACAACAGCUUCUACUACCGACCCGCGUCCUACGACAUCCCGCCGCUGCUGCCGCCCGUGCCCGCCACUCCGGACAACAUCGCCAAGGCCAAGCUGCUCAUAUCCAGGCUGCGCGCCGGCGGUGGAACAAAUAUCGGCACCGCCCUUGACACGGCGAUUGCACUCAUUCAAAGAUACGGUGUUGCAACCCAUAAUGCCUCUGCUGCUGCAACCACCACACCCGUCGCGCACAACUCUGAAGCCACAUCGGAUGCACCAGUUACACAAUCUGAGAAGAAGCAAGAGGUAGCUCCAGUUGAAAAUAACGACAGUGAAAUUAAUAACGAUGAAAAGGAGCCAAUUAUAAUUUUCUUAACGGACGGCGAGCCGACGGAGGGCGAACUCAAUCCGUCCAAGAUCAUGAACAUCGUGGCCGAGAAGAACUACGGGGACCACAAGGCGUCCAUUUACUCCCUGGCCUUUGGCGAGGACGCUGACAAAUCGUUCCUCCGCAAGUUGUCGCUGAAGAAUGUGGGCUUCAGCCGGCACAUCUACGAGGCGUCGGACGCGGCGCUGCAGCUGCACGACUUCUACCGCCAGAUCUCCUCGCCACUCGUCGCCAACGUCAAGUUCGUCUACCCGCCCGACCAGGUGAAGGACGGGUCGGUGACGAAGCACAAGUUCCGGCGGUUCUACGCGGGCUCGGAGGCGGUGGUGGCGGGCCGCGUGCUGGCCGGCGCCGGCGAGCUCGCGCCGCACAUCUACGGCGUCUGCGGCGUCGGCCUCGACGAUGUAUCUCGGAAACGUUACGACGUGUCUACGUCGGUGCCGGUGGAGGACAAGCCGGAGUCGUAUCUGCCGCUGGAGCGGCUGUGGGCCUACCUCACCAUCCAGCAGCUGCUCGACGAACGCCAGGUCAGCGACCUCAAGGACGACGACGAGAACAGCCCAGCUAAGAAGGCUCUUAAACUGGCACUUAAGUACGAAUUCGUGACGAGCCUGACCUCGCUGGUGGUGGUGAAACCAAACGCGACCAGUGCUGUGAAUGCUGAAUCUGCGGAUAAAGAUUCUACUUCGGAAUUCCCUACAGCGUUAUCUUACGAUUCAGUUCUUCCUAACGCGCCUUCUUUCUCCGCGCACCAACCAAUGUUCGCUAACUCUUAUAAUCUGGCUGGAGGUUACGCUGACAGCGCAUAUCCGAUCGCGCUGAGUGGCAUGGCCGCGCCGAUGCUCGACAUGCAUGCUUAUGAAGAGACUGAAUUAUUAAUUGAUGAUUACGGUGUAUCCAAUAGAGCUGAUUUUUCCUUUUCUCCGUCUUUAUAUCGCAGCGGUUUUACUCCUAUGAAACACAGAAAUUUGGGUAUUUAUACCAAGAGGAUUACGCCAAGAUUUCGGUGGAACGCGAUGAGGACGUCGGACGUAGCGCCAUCUACCACGACAUCGAGUCCGUUGGAGUCGUAUCAGUUGGAGGAGUACGCCUGGCUCGCUCCGCUGCUGGACACCAGCACAGAUACCAUCACUAUUUAUGCGAAUACAACGCAAGUCGUCUUGAAACUUACAAAAGAUAAUGCACCUAAAGCGGCAUCGGGUGAUGCAGAGUGCCCGCACGCGACGGACGCGUCCCCGGGCCGGUGCGUGUACCUGACGCGGUGCUCGGCGGCGCGCGCCCUCUCCCCGCCCCUCUACGCACACACCUACUGUGUCGUCGGUGACGGGUAUGCUGGUGUUUGUUGUCCAACGAGCGAAGUGGACAAGACACAGUAAAGCGAGCUGCAAUUAUGUUAAGCGUACUAUCCUUGUCGAUCCAUGGUUUUGAUGUGGUGGACCACUGAUGAUAGUGAUUUGUGUAAACAUAACAUAAAUAUUGGACAAGCACUUAAAUUUAAAACAACUUUGCAAGUUGUAAUUUAUAUACAUUCAUAAGUUUUUAAAAUUAAGGUAAAAAGAGUUGAAACAUCAUAUUUGAAACAACAAAGUGAGCAGCCAAUUUUAAAUUGAUCAAGGAGAUAGAUUGUGACAAUAAAUAAAUACGAUUUUUUAAGUUUGUAAAAA